GAAGUCAUCAACGUAGGAGGCGCGGAGUUUUUUUUUUUUCCCCAUCAAGCUUUAUUGAUCAUAUCUCGUAAUCGUAUUUAUAUUGUACCUCUUGCGCCGUGAGCACAAGACGGAGAGCAGCUAGAGGAUGUUUUACCAUAUAUCACUGGAACAUGAGAUCCUGCUACAUCCCAGGUACUUUGGCCCCAACUUGCUCAACACGGUGAAACAGAAGCUCUUCACUGAGGUAGAGGGGACCUGCACAGGCAAAUACGGAUUUGUUAUUGCCGUCACCACGAUUGAUAACAUUGGCGCAGGGGUAAUUCAGCCAGGGCGAGGCUUUGUGCUGUACCCUGUAAAGUAUAAGGCUAUAGUCUUCCGUCCCUUUAAGGGUGAAGUGGUGGAUGCUGUGGUUACUCAAGUAAACAAGGUUGGAUUGUUCACAGAAAUUGGGCCUAUGUCCUGUUUUAUUUCCAGACAUUCCAUCCCAUCUGAAAUGGAGUUUGAUCCAAACUCCAACCCUCCCUGCUACAAAACCGUAGAUGAGGAUGUGGUCAUCCAGCAAGAUGAUGAGAUCCGGUUAAAAAUUGUAGGAACCAGAGUGGAUAAAAAUGACAUUUUUGCGAUUGGCUCUCUGAUGGACGAUUACCUUGGUCUGGUCAGCUGAUGGGAGUUUGCCUGGACUCGUCGUCAUGUGCUGUGGACUUCCAGUAGAUUCCUGUAUUAUAUUUGCAGCCGUGGCAGGGCCUGAGGUCUCGUCUGCUUGUGUACAAAUAUUCUUGUUAUAUUUUGUUUAAUAAAAUGAUAACUCCUCA